UUCAUACGUCAACGUUACGUUUUUCCUUCGUGGUUUUUACGGGAGAAACCCAAUACAUUAUUUAUUUGUCAAUAUUAAAUUCCCAUAAAAGUGUACGCUUUAAUUAGUGCAAUAAAACAACUAAGAUGGCAUCCAUACCGCUAAUGUAUGCUCAAGAAGAUUGUGAACUCGGUGGAAAGGAAAAUAUACAGGAUGAUUUUGCAUACCGAAACAAUGUAUUAAAUGCAGACAGGGAGAUCCGAUUGGCGUUCAUACGCAAAGUGUAUGGUUUGCUGUCUGUGCAACUGCUUGCUACUGUUGCGAUCGCCAGUGUGUUUAUGCUUGUGAAACCAAUCCAAAGUUUCAUACAUGAAAACCAAUGGAUGGUGAUGAUAGCGUUCUUAUUAAGCAUAGUGACAUUGUUCGCCCUGAUUGCUAAGAGACGAGAAUCACCAGCCAACUUGUACCUGUUAGCAGCUUUUACCAUCGUGCAGGCCUACUCUAUCGGAGUGGUGGUGUCCUUCUGCAACACAUUGGUGGUGUUACAAGCGCUUGCAGUCACAUUCUCCGUCGUGCUUGGACUGACUCUAUACACUCUCAACACCAAACGUGACUUCUCAUUCAUCGGAUAUGGACUCGUGGCUGGACUGUGCGUUCUCAUCGUUGGGGGUAUUCUACAAUUGUUCAUCCAAAGCUCUGCGUUCGAGAUUGCACUAUCAUUCGCCGGUGCCGUAUUCUUCAGCUUGUUCCUAGUAUUCGACACUCAGCAGAUGAUGACGCAACUCUCGCCGGAGGAGUAUAUACUUGCCACCAUCAACCUCUAUAUGGAUAUACUAAACUUGUUCUUGUAUAUCCUUAGGAUCCUCAACGAGAUGAACAGAAAUUAGGAUAUUGUAUUGACUUAGUGUUUUUUUUUUGUUUGAGAUUAAAAGUAACUCACUUGUGCUUUGAGGAUUUCACUUGAUCGUUUCAUAUAAUUAAUAUAUAUUAAUCAGACCGUGUUAUGAAUUAUAAUGUA